AUGGCCACCAUCUCCUUUGACGACGAGGAGCUUUUCUCUGAGCGCCCAGAUUGGGCAGAUGUUGUCCCUCUGGAACAGUACGAAAAUAUCAGCCCAUUAGCUCCCAUCUUCUAUACAGAGGAAUACAAAGAUGCUACGAACUAUUUCCGCGCCAUCGCGAAGUCAGGAGAGAAGAGUCGUCGUGUACUCGAGUUGACGGAGAGUGUCAUACGCCAGAACCCGGCGCAUUAUUCUGCCUGGCAGUAUCGUUAUGAAACCCUUCUAGCACUCCUGACCGCUUCCUCUCCGUCCGGAGUCAUAUCACCGUCGGAUCCACUUCUCGUAGCAGAGAUCGAGCUCAUGGACAUCCUCGCCGUCCGUUUCCUCAAGACAUACCAAGUCUGGCAUCACCGCCGACUCCUCGUCGCACUCACCCGCAAACCCCAGCGUGAACUCCAGUUCAUCACACGCAGCCUCGAUGCCGACGUCAAGAACUAUCACACAUGGAGCUACCGCCAGUGGCUGCUCGCCUACUUCGGCGGCAGCGUCGAUAGCACGGGCGACGAGGACGUGAGCGAGGAUUUGUGGGAGGGCGAACUCGACUUUGUGGAUACGAUGCUCGCGCAGGACGUACGGAACAACUCGGCGUGGCACCACCGAUUCUUCGUCGUGUGGGGCUGCGGUGUGCGCGAGGGCGAGCGGGACAGGGAGCGCGUGUUCAAGAGAGAGCUGACGUUCGUCAAGCAGAACAUCUCGCUCGCGCCGUCGAACCCGUCGGCGUGGAACUACCUCCGCGGGAUCCUGAAGCACACAUCGACGCCGUUCGCGUCUGUGCUGCCGUUCGUCCGCCCAUAUGCUGUAGUGCCGAGCUCAUCUGAGAGCGCGCAGCGGGACAUCGUCGAUCUGGAGAACCCGCCUCCAGGUGAAGGGGCCGAGCUGCCAUGUGCUGAAGCACUCGAAUUCCUCGCGGACGCGUAUGAGAUACAAGGAGGGGCUGAUGGUGUCAAAUCUGCUGUCGAGAUUUGGACAAGCCUUGCUAAUAAGUACGAUCCGAUCCGAAAGAAGUAUUGGGAACAUCGCAUUCGAGAUGCACACCAGGCGUUGAAGAAGGCAAAUGCCUGA